AUGUCCCGCGCCGCCGCCGACGAAGCCGCCGCCGGGGACGUGGUGAUGGAGGAAGAAGAUCCGCCGCCGCCGCCCUGCGACCCGCAGACGCAGGCGAGAUGGUACCAGCUCGAGGCGCUGGAGCGCGCGCUGGCCGGGAACACGCUGGUGUUCCUCGAGACGGGCGCCGGGAAGACGCUCAUCGCGGUGCUGCUCCUCCGCCGCUUCGCGCACCGCAUCCGCUCCGCCCGGCCGCCCUCCUUCGCCGUCUUCCUCGUCCCCACCGUCGUGCUCGUGAGCCAGCAGGCGCGCGUCAUCCGGGCGCACACGGACCUCCGCGUCGCCCAGUUCUACGGCGAGAUGGGCGUCGACUUCUGGAACGCGGACAAAUGGCGCGACAUGGUCGACGGGGCCGAGGUGCUCGUCAUGACGCCGCAGAUCCUCCUCGACAACCUCCGCCACAGCUUCUUCAGGCUCCGGGACAUCCCGCUCCUCAUCUUCGACGAGUGCCACCGCGCCAUCGGGAAUUCCCCGUACGCCUGCAUUCUUAAGGAGUUUUAUCAUCCCCAAUUGAAUUCUAGGCCAUCAGAUCCUAUUCCAACUAUAUUUGGGAUGACAGCUUCUCUAAUUGCAAAAGGUUUGGCGCGUGUCAAAUAUUCAGAGAAAAUAUCUGAGCUCGAGAAUCUCAUGAAUGCGAAGGUGUACACUGUUGCCAGUGAAUCAGCACUAUUGCAAUACAUUCCAUUUGCGACUACAAAGAUAGUCGAGUAUGAUGAUUAUAUCAUAACGUCUGAGUUCUAUAGCCAUACUAUCCGUUGCUUGAACAAAUUGGAAAAGAAGCAUUUAGAAACCCUGAAGGAGAAACUGCAUGGUUCACUUCUGGAAAAUUCAGAGAAAAAGAUAAAAAAACUAAAUGCAAUGUUCUUAUAUUGCAUAUCUGAUCUUGGAGUAUGGCUGGCAGCAAAGGCUGCUGAGAUUCUACAAUCAAACAAGGAAAUUUGUGUGUCCUUUUGGGGCGAAAAACUGGAUGAAAAAGUUGAAGGAUUCAUUAGAAACUAUGUCAGAGAUGUAUAUAGUGAUCUCUCAGAAAUUAUAUUGAAGAUGACAAAGAGGGGCGUACAACGACAUAUUGGUGAGGACUUCGCUGAGGAUCUGCAAGAUGGGUUAUUGACAUCCAAAGUUUAUUUUCUUAUCAAAUCUCUUCUGGGGUAUAGGCAUAUGCAAGAUUUGAGAUGCAUUGUUUUUGUUGACAGAGUCAUUACAAGCAUUGUGUUGGAGGCUCUUCUGUCAACUAUUAAUCAAAUGUCUGGAUGGAGUGUUAGAUACAUGGCAUCAGGGAGAAUUGGUGGUUUGCAACAUCAGAGUAGGAAUAAGCAUGCGGAAAUCGUUGAUUCAUUUCGGAGUGGAAAGGUGCACCUGAUUAUUGCUACAUCAAUCUUGGAGGAGGGACUGGAUGUGCCAAGUUGUAACUUGAUAAUCCGUUUUGAUCAGGCAGCAACUGUAUGCAGCUUUAUACAGUCACGUGGUCGUGCUAGGAUGCAAAAUUCUGACUAUGUUUUACUUAUUAGAAGGGGAGAUGCCAAUGCUCUUUCUAAGACAGAGAAGUUUCUCGAAAGUGGACAAAUCAUGCGUGAAGAAUCUCAGAGAUUGGAAUCUACUUGUUGUCAGCCUCUUCCCAACACUCUAUGCAAUAAGGAAUUUUAUCGUGUUCAAUCUACUGGAGCAAUUGUGACUCUGAACUCUAGUGUUGCAUUGAUUUACCUUUUCUGCGCAAAGCUACCAUCGGAUGAUUAUUUUAAACCUGUACCAAGAUUCAAUAUUAACAAGGCAUUAGGUACAUGUACGCUGCAUCUUCCAAUGAGCAGUCCUGUACAAACAAUUUAUGCUGAAGGAGAAGUUUCUAUGAUCAAGAAGGUUGUUUGUCUCAAGGCCUGCCGGGAAUUACAUGCUGUUGGCGCUCUCACAGAUUCUCUCUUGCCCGAAUCGAGUGUUCCAUGUGAAGAUGAACCUGACAUUGUUGUGGACAAAUACAAAAAUGGGCAACCUGACUACUUUCCAGAGCAAUUAGUGGAUAAUUGGUUGUCUUUUUCUCGUCGUGGCUUUUACUAUUGCUACAUGAUCUCACUGGAAGGUUGUUCUGAAACUACUCCAGCUGAGAUAGUAUUAGCUGUGAAGUGCGAUAUGGGAUCUCACUUCAUCUCGAACUCAUUCAAACUGUGGGGUGUGCAAGAAGAUUUGAGUUUUACCAUGAGAUACGUUGGUAUCAUUCAUCUAAAUCAGGAACAGGUAAUUGUCGCGAGAAGAUUUCAGACAACGAUUCUUUCUUUGCUUAUUAGUAAUGACCUUUCGGAGGUCAGCAAUUCUAUUAAGAACUUACUUGAAAUGCCAGUAUCUCCUGGAGCUGUGUAUCUACUUCUGCCAGUGGUUUCUGGAAAAAUUGAUUGGUGCAGCAUCAAAUUCUCAGCCUCAGAAAUGCCUGAAGCUACUAACAUGGAUAUGAGACACUGCCAUCCUUGUAAAGAUACUGGUAUAGUGCAGAGUCUGCAGACAAAAGAUGGCCCUUUCUGCCGGUGCAUGCUUCGAAAUUCUAUUGUCUGUACCCCACAUAAUGGCAUGUUUUAUGCUGUUUCUGGCUUUCGUCUUGACUUGGAUGCUAAUUCGCUUAUGCCUGAGAGUUCUCUUAGCUACAAAACCCAUUUUAAGGAAAGGCAUGGCCUUGAUUUAACAUGUGAAGAUCAACCUCUCUUGAAGGCCUGUAAACUUGUGGAAGUGCGGAACUUCCUCCACAAGUGUAACUAUAAAAAAGAAAAAGAAAGAAGCCGUAAGAAUGCGGUUGAAUUGCCACCCGAACUGUGCAUAGUUGUCAUGUCGCCGAUGUCAGCAAUUACUUUGCGCAGCUUCACGUUUAUUCCUUCUAUAAUGUACCGUAUCCAAUGUAUGCUUCUUUCUAUGAAUUUGAAAAUGCAAUUGGGUCCGAGCAUGCAGCAGUUUGACAUUCCAGCACUAAAGAUUCUGGAAGCACUUACAGCAAAGAAUUGCGAAGAGGAGUUUUCACAGGAAUCAUUAGAAACACUUGGGGACUCUUUUCUCAAGUAUAUUACAACUCAACACCUUUUUGGCAAAUACAGACAUCAGCAUGAAGGCAUGCUAACCAAGAUGAAGAAAAACUUGAUCUCGAAUGCAGCUUUAUGCCAGCUGGCCUGCAGUAACAAUCUUGUGGGAUACAUUCGAAGCGAAGCUUUCAACCCUAAAACGUGGAUUGUUCCCGGGGUUGGCUAUGACAUAUGUGGUACGAGUUUGAGGAAGCUAAAAAGUAAGAGAAUCGCGGAUUCAGUUGAGGCAUUAAUUGGGGCGUAUCUUUGUGCUGCUGGUGAGCAGGCAGCAUAUAUUUUCUUAAAAUCUUUAGGAAUGGAUAUAGAGUUUAACAAAAUGCCAGUUGAAAGGAUAAUCACAAUCAAACCAGAAGAGUUUGUUAACGUUAAAAGUUUGGAGCUACUGCUUGACUAUAGGUUCAAUGAUCCUUCAUUGUUGAUGGAAGCACUGACACAUGGUUCAUAUCAGAUUGCUGGCACUACUGCAUGUUAUCAGCGGCUCGAGUUUCUUGGAGAUGCUGUAUUAGAUCAUAUUUUUACUGAUUAUUUCUACCAUCAGUACCCUGAAUGCACUCCAGAACGGUUGACAGAUCUGAGAUCUGCUUCUGUGAACAAUAGCUGCUAUGCUCAUGCAGCGGUAAAAGCGGGAUUACAUAAGCAUGUUCUUCACUCGUCAUCAGCACUGCACAAAAGGAUGGCUGACUACCUCGACAAGUUUGAGCAGUCAUUUUCAGGUCCAUCACAUGGUUGGAAAGCAGGCAUCAGUCUACCCAAGGUUCUGGGUGAUGUAGUUGAAUCUAUCGCUGGUGCAAUUUACGUUGACACCAAGCAUGACAAAGAGAUUGUUUGGAGAAGCAUGAAACGGCUACUGGAACCUCUUGUCACCCCCGACACUCUUGAGAAUGAUCCUGUGAAAGAGCUCCAGGAAUUUUGUGAUCGCAAAGCUUACACUAUGGAGUACAGGGUAACUCGUGAGAACGGGGUAUCCUCGGUGGUCGCAGAAGUGCGGGCUGAAGGGACUACAUACAAGGCCACUCGGACAGGCUUCUCUAAGCUUGACGCCAAAAAGUUGGCGGCCAGUUCCGUGCUCCAUGAUGUGAAGGUUGCGGAUAGAACGCAGUAUUCUGCAAAUGGUAUCAGCAACACUUAA